AUGCAUGUGUUUGACUGUAUUGUAAACAAAACUGCCACAGCAAACAUUCCAAUCCUGAUAAACCAGUUCUACAAGCAGAGUGGACUUAAUCUGGAUCAUGUUCCUAUUGCUGAAUUGCAGACAGCAGAGAUGAUCCUAGCAACAAAGGGCAAGCUCAUAGAACAUUAUGAUGACUGUGUUGCCCCGCUGAAUAGUGGAACAUCCUGUGGGGGGUUGAGAAACGCCAUCCUCCAUGACUUCACCCAGGCUGAAGCAAAAUUAGAACUUCAGAUAUUAGGCUUACUUGGCAAAUAUCUGACUGGGCCUUGGAUAAAGCGCUUCCACACUUCAAGCCAGAAUCAAAUCAAGCAUGUUGAUGGCAUCAAAGUGGUUAAAGAGGUAACCUCUAACGGGUCACUUUUGGUUAUUCAGACUCUUGCUCCGGGGCUCAAUCUUAACCCUGUGACCGGAUCUCUUUUAUUUUCAGCUGUAUUGCGAGCGGCAGCAACUGAGACUGUAAACGGCACGGUGGAUGGGACUGUCUACCUUACUGGACCGGCCACCGGCGUCCGGGGUCAGGUACAGUCAGUGGAAUGGAAGUAUUCGCACGGCUCCACCUCGCGUUAUGUCGGCAAGUUGAUUUGGGACGCGAGCAUCUCCAGCUCCUUCCCCCUCUACUACUCGGACAGGGCUCACUUGUACCCGAACGGCUCCCUCGCUCUCAACCAUCUGCAGGUGAACGACUCGGGCGCGUAUUCCUGCAUUGUUACGGGCCAGGAUGGGGACGAGUUCACCCACAUCAUCAUAGUGAACGUGUUCGGAAAUUUUGCUUUUGGGGGAAAUGAGACAGAAGAUAAUGAAAGGAAAGCAAAACCAGACUUUAACCUAAGCAACCACAACAAAAGUAAUGGGAGCAAUGGUUACACUUUGGUAGAUUGUGCUUAUGUAGGUGUGUUCACUGGAACAGCAGCUGCACUGCUGGUUCUCGUAGGUUUAUCGAUAUGGACUGUUGUGCAGUCUUGCAGAACAAGAUCAAGCAAACAAGAUGGAAGAAACAAGACCGAACAAUCUGAUGGAAUCAGAAGAAGUACGGCCGAUGAUGUUUAUGAGAAGAUGGGAAUGGUGCUGAGAUAAAUGUGGAUAUGUAGGCCCAGGAAACUCAUCUGUUAAAUUAGGGAAAGAGGGGCACUGUGCAGGUGAAAAGUAUUUUAAAGUGUCUAAACUGGUUCUGUGUUCAUAUUUAGGUGAUUUAAUUCAGUUGGUUAAUAAGAUGGGUCUGAGAUAUUGUUGUAAACUAGUGCUGCCUUCCUGACAUUCAACUUGCCCAAAUAGCAUAAACAGGACUAUAAUUUGUUCUGGUGUGAUUAACAAUCAUACUGGUCUAAGUCACAGCAGGCUUUGUUUGCCCACAAAAAUCCCAGCUUCUAAUAAUACUAAAGACUCAAAUUCCAUGUAAUAUAAAAGAGCAUUCACCUUCCCCUCUGUUAUCAGGCUUCUGAAUGUUCCUCCCAUAAGCUAGGAUACUGGCCGAUUCACCUCUAGCCCAUAGUGGACAUUGGACUUUGUCUGUGGAACUGAUGCGCUACAGUGCUGAGAACUAUAUUCCUCACUCAGUAUCUUCCGCUUUGCUCUAACUGUUGUAUUUGAGUUUGACGUGAUUGUAUUUUUGUAUAGUAUUAUCGGAUCUGUUUUAGAUAAGGUUCAGCAGUUAUCAUGGGUGACUUUAAUCUACAUAUAGAUUCCAUAUUCCACCGGCUGGCUCCGCGAUGGCAGCCUCGGCAACAGUCUGUCUGUUUGUUCUUUUUUUGCUAUUUUUAGUGUGUUUUAAAAGUUUGUGUUAAUGUUCUCUGGU